UUUCUGUAGUGUGCACUCACAACUUAGUUCUACUUUGGGUUAUGGUUAGAUUAGAUAAACUUUAUUGUAUUUUUACGCAGAAAUGUGUCUUACAUUACAUAUCUCUUCAGUUAAUUGGUUACUGUUAGAGUAUGGGUUUGUGUAUGGGUUAGUGUUGGUGUCAGGGUUAGUUUAUGGGUUAGUGUGAGUUAGGGUUAGUGUUAGUGUAUGAGAUUUAUGGUAUGGGUUGUAUGGGAUUCCAGUGAUCUGUCAUUCGUCAACCAAACUCCUCGGCUUUGCGACAAGCCGUCAAGCAAUAAACUGUCGUUGAUGUCCGCCGGUGUUGGCGAGUUGGCGGUUGAUGUUGAAUAACGUAAUUGGUUUCGUUAGUUCGUUUUAAAUUCUGCUUUUCGGAUAGCUUCCAUCAUGUCCUGGAUGACUGGACAAACACCGUGUUUAACAAGCCGAUGGGAUCAGCCCGCUCCACCCAAACAGAAUGUUGAUGUACGGCCCCAGACACCUGUUGGAAACAGCGCACCUCCAUCAGCCGCCUACACUGACCCUACCAGACGACCGUCCAAGUCGGCACAUGAAGGGGACACGACGGUAACCCCUGGAGGAGUGGAGAUGGCUGCAGCCAUGGCAGCCAAAAUCAAUGCCAUGUUGAUGGCAAAGGGAAAGCUGUUGACUCCCCCACCAUUGCUUGCAAAGACCCCAAUGAGUGUAUCGGUGCCUACAAGCAUAGAAGAGACGGUGGUUACAGAGGUGGACAUAAAUGAUGUACCUAUAAACUGCAGGGACCUCCUCACGAAAGGAAAAACCCAGGAAGAGAUCCGCCUCAUCAGUGGAGCGGUAGUGUCCACAAAAGGCCGCUACAUGAGCGAUGCCUUCAGAGGGAAAGGAGCAGAAAGGCCUUUGUAUUUGCACGUCCAGGGGAAGAACCAGGAGCAGGUCAAUAAGGCGGUGUUGAGAAUAAAGGAGAUCAUCUCUGAAGACGUGCUGCGGUCGGCCUUGUCCGGUGGGAGGCAGGUCCCCGUGUUCCCCCCUCUGACCCUGUACCCCCAGCCCCCCCGGGCUGCCGGCCCCCCAGCCAUGCCGCGCCUCUCCAACCCGGCCUCGGCUCAGGGGCACCGCCCCGCAGCGCCGCAUUCAGGGAGUUUCGUACACACAAAGAUCUUUGUGGGUCUGGACCAAGCGUUACCUUCUUUCAAUGUGAACGACAAGGUGGAGGGGCCAGGGGGCACGUACCUGGGUCACAUUCAGAUGGAGACCGGAGCUCGGGUCUUUCUCCGGGGGAAGACUUCCGGCUACAUCGAACAAGCGUCCAAGCGAGAGUCCUUCGAACCACUUUAUGUUUACAUCAGCCACCCGAAUUCGACUGGAUUGGAAGCGGCAAAAAAACUGACUGAGAGUCUGCUGGAAACUGUGAGAGCGGAGCACUCCUGCAUGGUGUCCAACUACACAGCCACUGGCUCCACCCAACCAUACGCAGCACAAGGAUUUCCACCUAAUAGCAAUUACUCUAGCCAGGGGUCCUGGUAUAGCUACCCAGCGAAUGGGUAUGCUGGCGGCUACACAGCGUACCCAGGAGCCGCUGGUUAUUGGAGUAAUUCAAAUGGUCCAAGUCAUUCUAACCUGUCGACAAACCCUCAAUCUUCUCAGGCUAUGGUUCAGUAUCCAGUGUGUCCUAGGAAACCACACCCCUAUCUGGUCCAGGACCGCGUGAGCAGUGACAUCAGGGAGCCAGAGGGCUUCACAGGCAGCCCCCCCACCCCUGGGAGCCCCAAGCGCCACUUCCAAGAGGAGAGCCAGGUUGGAGAGCCUACCGGCGGCCCCGCAGAUGCCCCUGCCCAUUUGGAGCCUCCCCCCCCUGCCUCCAACGAUGGGGAGGAGAUGGGAGCGGAGAGGGUUCUGAUGCCGCCCCCGCCACCCCUGUUUGCCACUCCCUUGCCCAUCACCCGCAAGAGGCCGAGGGAGGUGCCCGUCCGCCCCGCUCCGCCCAGCGCACCGCCCGUAGGUGUUGCUGAGCAGUGUGUGAAGAAGUGUCGGGUGGUUGAGGAUUCAUCCGGGCUAGUGCCCUACGGAGGAGACUCCUCCGAUGAGGAAGAGGAGAGGACGCACAGCAGUUCAUAAGCCACUGUCCCCAUAGAACAGGAAGACUACGAGUUGAGACCAGAGCCUCUGAUCUACUGCAGCUCAGCCCUCCUAAGAGGUGACAGGAAAUCAAGAGACCCCUGAGGGAAACGCCUUCAUUACGACUUCCACAUUUUGAAGAUCCCAUUUUUUUUUUAAUUUUCACAAACAUUGUCGUCCAAGAAGUCAAUAGUUGCUGAUGAUGAGCUAUACAUAUUGUACGAUUCAGUAGAACUUUUUUCAUAUCUUGGAAAAUGAAAUGCCUGUUCCCAUGGAAUACUGUAAUAAUAAAGGAAGAAAAAAGGUCUGUAAUAAUCAAAUUAGCUAUGCUUAACAUUGAAUGAACUUUCUUAUGACUGAGCCUGCUGAUCAGUUCCUGGUGUAUCCCGGCGCCUCAACGCCGUUGUGAACCGUCAGACCUCCUGGGUUGUCCAGGGCAAAGCAAGGGUGCACAUAGCUCUGGAAGCAGCAGUGGAAGGUGUAGAGGUGUUGUUCAAGCUCCACGUUGUAGAAGGACAGCGUCCCGCCAUCGUAGUCGAGAGCCACUCCGAUACGCAUCGGGUUCACGGUAAUCCUCAGGUCAGGACUCCAGCCGUCAUGAAGGAACUCGUACUUAUGCCUGCAGUGGAAGGAGGCAGUAAGGAUUACUGCACAAAAUGUAGAUAACUGCUGAAGUACCGGUAACUAGCACCGGCAGUGCGUUGAAAUGUCAGCAUUGUGACAUUGCAUGCAUGCAGUGACAUCACAGCUAUUGCAAGUUCACAACACACAAGGUACUGCAGCUUGUGAUGACAUCACUAGAGGAUCGCUGUGCGGAGUCCAAAAGUCCCUCCUUGAGGGGAGCUGAUGAUCCGUACUAUGGCAUGACCCCAAUGCUCUGCUUCUGAUUGGCUGUGUGUUUAGGGCCAAACAGGUAUAAAGCCAAUGGCCGGACGAAUAGGGCAGGUCAUGCCUUCGCCAUAGAAGGAUUUGAAAUCCUCACAUCCUGGAGUACUUCCAGGAAUACCAUGGUUAUGGGACCAGCCAUAUAGUUAUGUCUACUUUAGUACCUGAACAUGAAUUGGCGCACUGUACGUUUGGAGGCGACAAUAUGGCUGAAAAUACUUCCAUGGACAAAUUUCUAGAUUAAGUGUUAGCCCCCUGAGGAUAAAAUAAACCGACGAUACUGGGUAGUUUGAAAGAAAUCUCAACCAUUAAAUCACUGAGGCGUUGUAACAUCUCAAGUGUUUCCCCUAUAUGCAUCCAGCAGCGGCGCACCGCCGGUGCUGGAUUGUCAGCGCCACUGACCUAACCCUAACCCCAAAAAAUAAAAUACAAUGAUCUGGUCUCAGUCUACCCUGACUCGGUUGAUUGUUAUGUCACAUUUGGAAGCUCAAUCUGUACAUUAUUCAAAAAUUAGUUUUUGAUUUGUUACAUCAUCCAGUAUACAAAUAGGGGGAUGAAAGCACUAUUAAAAAUACUAUUGGGUAACAAUUUUUUCAGGGGGUAAAUGUAAAGUGAUGCAUGAUAGUAAACAAUGUAACAGAGUUAAAAAGGGAUACAAGAAAAUGCCCCUGUGCAUUACCUGGUAGGGGUGAGGAUGUGUCUCAUACACCAUGAAGUGUUGGUCGCCCCCAGGUAAGCGUUGCGGUUUGUGUCCUCGUACGCUACGCCAACCCGGAACUCUGUGUAAUCGUCCACCGCUACCUCCCAGUAAUGCUGGCCUCGCACUGGAAGCAGAUCACCCAGCACUGCAACACAUCUAUAACACA